AUGAUUCCCCGCGGCGAGCACAAAGAGGAUCCAUGUUUAAUCCAUCCGGGUGUACUGCAUGACAUGGAAACAUGUUCGGCGGUAAGAGAUCUAUUACAACAAAUGAUAGACCAAGGCCGGCUUGAGGUCGGCAAUGAAGGGGAGGAGGAACAACAUGUAUACAUGCAGUCGGCAGAUAAGGAAGGUCCUAAAAAGCCUAAACCCUUGGUAAUACACUUCACCAGGGACACGGCUCCCCAAAGACCUCAACACCCCUCAGCAAUGUCAGGCAGUAGACCUAUUCCGUUUCCUUACGAGAACAUCCACGCAGUUCCGUGGAGGUAUGCCCCUCCGGGCGGUAGGAAGGAAGAAGCUACUGAUAUCGGUUCACUAUCGGCCAAAGUAACCAAUAUCACUGGGCUGAGCGGCAUGACCCGCAGCGGUCACGUGUUCGCACCCCCUGGCCUACCGAUACAGCCCACAAACACUAAAGGGAAAACAAAGGUAAUCGAAGGACAAAAUGUCAAGGUGAUCCCCGCACCGGACGAGGAUGUUCCGACGAAGGAUUUUGCCGAGGGAAGAGAGGGCUGCAGUAAGAAAGAGGUGUCACUCGAGGAGGUCGGCGAGUUCCUCUGCAUUAUCCAGCCAAGCGAGUUCAAGGUCAUUGAACAACUCAACAAGACACCAGCUAGAGUCCCCCUUCUGGAACUGCUCAUAAGCUCUGAGCCUCACCGAGCUUUGCUAGUAAAAGUCUUGAAUGAAGCUCACAGCACACUGGAUAAAUUGCCAUUUAACGCCUCCCAUCUAAGGCCGAGUUCCAUGGUGGUCCGUGCCUUCGAUGGCAGCCGCCGAGAGGUAAGGGGAGAGAUCGACCUCCUGGUACAGAUAGGGCCUCAUACCUGCCAAGUUACAUUCCAAGUGAUGGAUAUCAAUCCGGCCUACAACUGUCUUUUGCGACGUCCAUGGAUCCACUCAGUGGGAGGCGUCCCCUCCACACUCCACCAAAAGUUGAAGUUUGUAGUGGAAGGACAUUUGGUCAUAGUAUCAGGCGAGGAAGAUGUCCUGGUAAGUUGUCCUUCCUCUAUUCCAUAUGUGAAAACCACAGAGGAGUCAUUGGAAACGGCUUUCCAAUCUUUUGAGGUAGUAGGCAUCGCCUCCGUAGAUUUCCUCCCUAGGCAGCCCUGCCUGUCUGAUGCAGCAAUGAUGGUGGCCCAGGUGAUGUUGGGGCAUGGCUAUGAGCCCGGAAUGGGUUUGGGAAAGAACAACGACGGCAGGACCAGCCUGAAAGGAAGUACAAAGGCCAAGGCCCGCGGUCAGGACAACGAGCCAAAGAGGCGCCGCCAUGCCACAUCAGUAGGAGCUUCAUCCAACGACGAGUCCCGCGAAGGUACUAAUACCGGGGACCCGACCGUCGAUUUUGAGCAAGAAGCAAGUCGGACAGAGGAUGAAUAG